CAACAACAGUGGAUAUCUCCAUUUAUAAAAACAUCAUCCAGCCACACUUGUUUGAUACAAUAGUUGGCCUCACAUAUCAACCGACAGAUAGAAGCUCAUGGAGAUUUCUUCCAUUUUCGUCUUUUUUGUGUUGUUGUUGGUACACUGUUUAAUGGCUAGCACAGCUAUGGCAGUAAGGACCAACAUCACCACAGACCAAUCAGCUAUCCUUGCUCUCAAAGACCAUAUCACUGAUGACCCUUACAAAACCUUGGCAAGCAAUUGGUCUUCCUCUACCUCUGUUUGCAACUGGAUUGGGAUCACUUGUGGUGCCAAACACCAUAGAGUCACUGCCUUGAAUCUUUCUCACAUGGGUCUUUCAGGAACCAUUGCUCCACAAGUGGGAAAACUAACAUUCUUGUCUCAUUUAUCCUUCAGAAACAACAAUUUUCAUGGUUCUCUGCCCAACGAGUUAGCUUCCUUGCGUCGGUUGGAAGUUGUCAGCUUUGGAUUGAACAACUUUUCUGGAAUGUUACCAUCAUGGCUUGGGUUCUUUCCUAAACUUCAAGUGUUGUAUGCUUAUACGAACAGUUUUGAAGGUAAUAUUCCAGAAUCUCUAGGCAACAUAUCGUCACUGAAAGUACUUCAUCUCAGCGACAACAAUCUUUCAGGUGAAAUACCACUUGAGAUUGGCGCACUUCAAAAUCUGACAGAAGUAACUUUAGCUAAUAACAGCUUAGCUGAUCACAUCCCAGAUGCAAUCUUCAAUAGCUCAAAGAUUGAAGUCAUUAGUUUAUACAUGAACCAGCUCUCAGGCCAUCUUCCACCAAGUAUAGGCAAUUGGCUUCCAAAUCUUAAGGUGCUAUACCUAUGGGGCAAUGAACUAGAGGGAAUAAUCCCCAGUUCUAUCUCAAAUGCUUCUACGCUCGUUGAACUUGAGUUGGGUGCAAACAAUUUCUCUGGCUCUAUUCCUAAUACUUUAGGAAAUUUAAGGCAUCUGGAGAGACUCAACUUAGUCAACAAUUAUUUGACUAGCAACUCUUCAAAUCUAGAAUUGAGUUUUCUUUCAUCGUUGACAAACUGCGUAAAUUUGACAAGUAUAGUGGUAGCAGAAAACCCACUGAAUGGAACCCUUCCAAUUUCCAUAGGAAAUUUCUCUACUUCUUUGGAAGAAUUUGUAGCAUUUAAUUGCAACAUUAAGGGCAUUAUUCCAAGAGAGAUUGGUAAUCUAAGCAACUUGAUGACCUUAGACCUAAAAAACAAUGAAUUGGUUGGACCAAUUCCAUUUACAGUUGGAGGAAUGAGAAACCUCCAAGGUUUGAAUCUUCAACACAAUAGAUUGCAAAGAUCUAUACCAAAUGGUAUUUGUCAGUUGAGGAACCUGGAUGAAUUAUUUUUAAACCAUAAUAAGCUCUUUGGACCAAUACCAACAUGUUGGGGAAGUCUUUCUAAACUUCAAAAGUUGUACUUGAAUUCCAACAAGCUGACUUCCAUACCCCCAUCGUUUUGGAGUCUAACAGACAUACUGCAAAUAAACUUGUCCUCUAAUUCUUUAAGUGGCUAUCUGCCAUUAGAUGUUGGGAAAUUGGAGCAUGUAACACAAAUGGACCUAUCAUGGAAUAAACUAUCAGGUGACAUCCAUGCUAUUAGAGGCCUAUGUUCUUUGGUAAGCCUAUCCUUAGCUCAUAACAAAUUCCGGGGUCCUAUUCCUCAAUCAUUUGGUAUGUUGAUAAGCAUGGAACACUUGGAUCUCUCUGAUAACAACUUCUCAGCAGAUAUUCCCAAGUCUCUAAUGAAACUCAAAUGCCUUAAAUAUUUCAAUGUGUCUUUCAAUAGAUUGCAAGGUGAAAUUCCAUUUGGGGGUGCUAUUGCUCAAUUCUCAGCUUCAUCAUUCAUGGGAAAUCAAGCAUUAUGUGGUCCACCUCAACUUAAAGUUCCACCCUGUGAAACAAGUAAUGCUGGACAAUCAACCACUGCAGUUAUAUUUAGGUAUAUAUUACCGGCAAUGAUUGCAACAAUACUAGCAUUAUUCCUCAUAUUUGCUCUGCUGAGAUGCCAAAAGAGAGACGCAAAACAUAAUGGUCAAGGAGAUUUGUUAACUUUAGCAACAUGGAGAAGAAUAACAUAUCUAGAACUUGAACAAGCAACAGGUGGAUUUAGCGAAAGUAACUUAGUUGGGAAAGGGAGUUUUGGCUCGGUGUACAGAGGGAUGCUUUCAGAUGGGACUAGUAUUGCCGUAAAGGUUUUUAAUUUGAAUAUAGAAGGAGGGUUCAGGAGUUUUAAAGCUGAAUGUGAUGUAUUGUGCAGUAUUCGCCAUCGUAAUCUUGUGAAAAUCAUCAGUAGUUGUAGUAGGAUUGAUUUUAAAGCCUUGGUGCUAGAGUACAUGCCCAAAGGGAGACUUAAGAAGUGGUUGUACUCUCAUAACCACUUCUUGGAUAUGAUAGAAAGAUUGAACAUGAUGAUAGAUGUUGCAUCAUCAUUGGAGUAUCUCCAUCAUGGUUGUCCUUUACCUGUUGUUCAUUGUGAUUUGAAGCCCAACAAUAUUCUCCUAAACAAAGAUAUGGUUGCACAUGUGAGUGACUUUGACAUUUCAAAAUUCUUAGACAAUGAAGAAUCUAUAACACAAACCAUGACAUUGGCCACCAUUGGUUACAUGGCACCAGAGUAUGGAUCACAAGGGAACAUUUCCACACGUGGCGAUGUGUAUAGUUAUGGCAUUUUGUUGAUGGAAACAUUCACAAGAAAGAGUCCCACAGAUGAAAUGUUUACAGAAGAAAUGAGCCUAAAAGAUUGGGUUAAACAGUCAAUACCCCUUUCAGUAAUUGAAGUUAUAGAUGCUAAUUUGUUGAAGAGAGGUGAAGAGAAUUUUAAUGCUAAGCUGGAUUGUACAUUGUCUAUUAUGCAAUUGGCUAUGGAUUGUUCAACAGAGGUACCUGAAGAGAGGUCAAACAUGAAAGAUGUGGUAACAAUACUCAAGAACAUCAAAUUGAAGUUUCUAAAGGAUGUUGGAGAAGAUUGAGAAUAUAAAAUUUGUUUGUAGUUUUUCCAUGUUUGUGCGCUUGACUGAUUAUUUUUUGUAGAUUAUGCUA